CCCCCCACUCAAGCCCAUGUUCCCCCAGACCCCCGACACUGCCACCCCCUGUUCCCACUUCCUUACCACCUGCAACCACAAGGGCCAAGCCCUCCCCCCUUCAGCACUCCCGACACCGUAUCGAACAGAAAUCCGCUUUCCACCGAAGUGGUUAGGUUAAAGCUGUCGCACGCAUAUUUCGGCGCGCAAAAAUCUGUGCGGCAUUGCUGAUCGAUAUUGCCACCGGUCACACCAAGAGAGAAACAUCCGUCGUCAUGCUCUUUCUGAGGCACCCCCCACUCAAGCCCAUGUUCCCCCAGACCCCCGACACUGCCACUCCCUGUUCCUACUUCCCCGCCACCUUCAACCGCAAGAGCCAGGAGAUCUUCUAGAUGCUCUUUGCACCCGAUCCUGCUCUCGGUACCUCGGCUCCGUCUGCUGCUGCUGGACCUAGCGGCCGCCUUGCUCGAUCUCCGAUCGAUCACGGGGUCGCGAGCACAGUUCCGUUCGGGCCUCCACGUGUGUGUGUGCUUUCAGCACCCGUGUCUUGAAGCUUCCUUCUCCUCGGCCCCUUUGGCUGUUGCUUCCUCCUCUCACCACGCUGAGCUGCUCCUGCCGCUGACUCUUCCAGAAGCGAGGCUAAAGGAUCUCCGAUCGAGCUUUUGUUUGGAUCUCUCGAAAACUUCUCUCCGGGACCACGUGUGUGUCGCGCACACGUGUUCCGAUGUUGCCCUCUCGUCGGUACGUGCGACUGUUUCUGCCGCUGCUGCUACUGCUGCUGCUGCUCCUGCGUCCUCCGCUGUGGGCAAUUUGCGGCGGAUCCGGCUUGUACGAUCUACGAUCAGUGGAUCGUCGCCGCAAUGAAUCCAAACUGACUUCAACAAGCUCUCACCUGUACCAGCCCCUUCACUGCUACCUCUUAUGUUUCCCUCCUUCACGAUAUCUCUCCACGCUUCUCCACGCGGAUUUUUCUCUCUCGAUGCCUGACUCUUUUCUCUCGGAAAUCUUCCAGCCGGACUUUUUCGCACAAUCUCCGAUCGACUCUUUUUGGAUCUUCCGCAAAGCAAGCACGUCGACGGGACAGGCACCACUUGUUGUUAUUAUGGUGCGACACGGCGGGAGAGAGCGGCCCCUGCUCUGUAGAGAGGCACACAUACAUCACAGCACGGGACCAGUAACACAUCACGCUCGUUCCUAGACGAUGUAGUACCACUGAUGUGCUGUGCACCUCUCUACACUCAUUGUGGGCGAGAGGGUGUGUCGCCUCUGCUGCUGCUGCUGUUGCUGUUAUCUAAAGCGGUGGCGGAAGCGUCCUGUUCAAACAAUCAGCAGCAGCAGCAGCACAAGCCGCGGAUUUUUUCAACGUUUUUUUUGNUGUGUCGCUUCUGCUGCUGCUGCUGUUGCUUUUAUCUAAAGCGGUGGCGGAAGCGUCCUGUUCAAACAAUCAGCAGCAGCAGCACCAGCCCGGGAAUUUGUCAACGUUUUUUUUUUUCCUCUCUAGCUAAUGACGAUGGAUAGCACCCCUCCUUCGCUAGCCGGUGACGAUGGAUAGCACCCCCCCCUCACGGCUGACGAUGGACACCACCCCCCUCGCUAGCUCAUGAUGGACACCACCCCCCCGUCUAGGGAAUGAUGAUGGAUACCACCCCCUUCUCUAGCUGGUGAUUAUGGACCGCCCCCCGAUCUUCUGGACGACGAGAAAAUCACAUGAGCCAGCCAAUGAACAGACGCACGAGCCUACUGCAGGUUGGAUGUUUGACCUUGCUUCAACACAAGGUUUAUCCCCACCUGACACACACACUCAACUCAACGUUCCGUACAUCACCCUCUCCACCAGAGGUUGAUCCGGUGUGUAUCCACACCACCCAUCCCUAAGGGAACAUUCUCACACGCGAACCUGGAGACAACGAUCUCAUAUAUCAUUUUUUUUCAUUUGUCCUUACUUCAAAUCAGCGCUCACAGCACUAGUGCCGUUUUCUCCAACCCGUGGUAACACAAAAUAACACCUCUCUACCCUCGCCUGCUGCGGUACUUUGCGUUCGAUUCGUAAUGCGAGAAGAGUUUAGCACUCUCUUUCCUCCUGUACACACGACAUAGUAAACUAGCGCUAUCCACCAGGUGGGCCAGGUGCGGAAGCGAGAAAAACUCUCACUUUGCAAGAAAAGCUCGCUUACCCCGCGAUUCGAACCCCUGACCUGACCUCUAAAAGGUUUCGAGGACACCAUCUAGACCUCCGGGGCGACCGGGAGGUUAUUGUUUAUGUUGCUGUUGUUGUUGUUGUUGUUGUUGUUGUGAUUUCUUCACAUUAGACUCGUCAGUUGCUAAUCCCAAAAUCUAGCAAAGACUCCGUCCGUGGUCACAAAAAUGCUAGAGCCAUCAGAAGAUCCAAAGAACACACACACUAUUAGCAAGGAAAGGGGACGCAAGCCCGAGGAGGUACACCUGCAAUCCCUGCAGCACGUUUGCGUGCUCACAACUUAACUCUAAGCCCAC